AUGCCUCUCACUACCCAUUUCACACUGAACACCGGCGCGAAGAUCCCCACCGUGGGAUUCGGCACCUGGCAAGCCAAGCCAUUGGAAGUUGAAAAUGCUGUGGAAGUCGCCCUCAAACAAGGAUACCGCCACAUCGACUGUGCUGCGAUUUACCGCAAUGAGACAGAGGUUGGAAACGGCAUUCGCAAGUCGGGUGUUGCUCGCAAUGAGAUUUUCAUUACUGGCAAGUUGUGGAACACCAAGCACGCACCCGAGGACGUGGAGAGCGCUUUGGAUAAGACUCUCAAAGACUUGGGUGUCGAGUAUCUGGAUCUCUACCUCAUGCACUGGCCUUGUGCGUUCAAGGGCGGCGACAAAUGGUUCCCUUUGAAUGAAGACGGCGUGUUUGAGCUCGCACCAGUCGACUAUAUCACAACAUACAAGGCAAUGGAGAAGUUACUUGCAACCGGCAAGGUGCGCGCAAUUGGAGUGUCCAACUUCAACGUUCGACGCCUGGAAGAGCUCCUCGGCCAGGUCACCGUGGUACCUGCAGCCAACCAGAUCGAAGCACACCCAUACCUGCAGCAGACCGAGCUACUGCGCUUCUGUCAAAGCAAAGGCAUCAUCGUCGAAGCAUACUCUCCAUUGGGCAACAACCAAACCGGAGCACCACGAACCGUCGACGACCCUCUCGUCCAUACCGUCUCAGAAGAAAUUAGCCUCGACCCGGGUGCUCUUCUUGCCAGCUGGGGUGUGCAGCGUGGUACUGUGGUGUUGUCCAAGAGCGUUACUCCUUCGCGCAUUGCCUCGAAUCUCCAGGUCCGGGAGUUGCCUGAGAGUGCAUUUGCAAAGCUCACUUCUUUGGAAAGACACAAGCGAUUCAACUUCCCGGCUAUUUGGGGAUAUGAUAUUUUCGAGGAGGCGGGAGAGGAGGCGGUGCGCAAGGCUGCUGUUGAGGCAGGGCCGGCAAACAAGAUCAAGUUCACGGUCUAA